GUGCGGCCUGGUGCUUUGCUCGGGUGACUUUUCCAUGAGUUGCGGACGGGCGCUUGUUCGACAGCUACCUACGAUUCCCCUCCCACAACGCCAUGAGCUACAAGAUACGCCUCGCAGCGGAAAAGAUGGAUUUGGAAGAACUCAACCGACGCAUUCCGGGACUGAGCCUGAACGUGCCAUGCAGCGCGAAAUGUGGCGCUGGAGAAGACGACCGCAGCAUUCCAACGUCCAUCUGUCACGUUUUCAAUAAUCUGUCCCGUUGGAAUUACGUCCUUUGGCACAUCGGCUUGCAGUUGCGAGAACUCCGCAGUCCCGGAAAGCUGUCCCUGGUACGGGUCGUCUACAGGGGCAGGGGAGGCCGCAUUAUGCAAACGCGCAGCCGUCACGCCCGGAUUUUCUUUCACGUCCUCCUGGUGCAGCACAGCUGCGUCGAGAGCCUGCAGCUGGAUGACGUCCUCAUCGAAGGCAGCGGACUCGGCGAGUACCGCGAGUGCGUUGUCUCGGCGCUUGAGAAAAACACGAGCCUACGGACGUUGACACUCGGCAGCCUGUUCGGCGACUACAGGAGCAUUCGAGAAGGCCUAUUCGAAGCCAUCUCCACAAUGACCAACCUGCAAGAGCUGGUCGUCCUUGGUCGUAGUGCGGCGCCACCGAUUCUGCUAGACGCCAUAUGUCCGCUCCUCGUAGACACCAUGUGCCUGGUCACGCUUUCGAUGCCCGGAAUUGUCUUUGAUGGAGACAGCGGCGCGCGCUUAAUAGACGUGCUCACGCAAAAUGAUACAGUAGAGGAUUUGUCCGUACACGUCAGCAUCAUGCAUUCGUACAUGCCGAACGGACUAUCCAAGUUCUCACACUUUCUGGCCAGUAGCGGGCAGCUGACCUCGCUGAACGUGGAAGGCGUAAAUUCGGAUCCUGAGGGCGCAUGCGCGGAUCCCAAGAGCAUCAUCGGAGCGCUCGUCCUUCGCGGCGAGAUCGAGCAGCUCCGACUCACGGGCUUCCUGCUAAAUGCCGAGUGCGCGGCUCUGCUCGCCCAAUUGGUGUCUCAGAAAGAAGGGCGCCUUCGAAACCUCGACAUCAGCGGAUGCCGGUGGUGUAUACCCAAAUCCUUGCCAGAGCACCGACGAGCCAAUAGAGCGACUCGCGACGAACAACCGAACGACCCAGCCCUCAAGAAGUCAACGUGUCCCUGGCUUCAGGCGUACGACCGCACUGCGCGAGUGGAACUGACGUUUUUUGCGCUCAGCUCCGCGGGACUCACCCCGGUCGACCUUCUGACUCUGUUCAACAUCGCCAUCACCGUCGAAUCUCUCCAAGUCAUCUCGCUUAGGGACGUCUCGCGAUACGACCUAAUGCAAGUUUGCCGAGUCAUCCGGCAGAGCGGAAUGAGCGGUCGAGUAUGUCUGGAAGACGCCUACCUCGUCGACUCGUCGGCGCUAGCUGAGCUUCGGGAGUUUCCCGAAGUGCUGCGUAAGAUUGCGAUCAGCUCUGUCGACUGUGCGAGUCCGAAGGCCUUCGGAGAUGCGGUUCAUCUGUCGUGCUCAUGGUACAAGGUGACUACGCUCAAGCUCCUCUUGACGCAGGAAGUCCUGUCUGACAUCCCCACGUUUAACAAGCUGAGCAAGUGCUUGAAAGGUGCUUUCUGGCUAAGCGAACUAGCGCUAAUUGGCUACAAGCGGCCCGAUCUCGACCUUACGCUCAAAUCGACAGGCCCUCCCCACAGCGUCCUUCUCGACGUGGUCUCCCAGAACAUGAGUCUUCGAACACUGCGCCUGAGCGGUAUUCGUCUAGGUGGGGAUAACUUGUUGUUCCUGGUUCACCAAAUCGUCACCACCGAGACACUGUCCGAGAUCUGUUUCGCGUCCUGGGACCCGGCCGAGAACGACAACUUCCUCCGGGUCCUGGUCGACCAUUUCCGCGGGAACAACUCCGUCACCAAGUUGCACGUCCGGGCACCUGCGAACAGGGUAGACGACGAGCGAUGGUUCUUCGUCGAAGACGUCACCAGCCGCAACAUGGGAUACCUGACGUGCGCGGCGCACUUUCUCUUGGGCGACCAGUCACCACGCAGCGAGGCUGCAUUCAAGGCCUUGUGCAACGCCCCGGCCUUGAGGAACAAACUUGAGGAGCUGAAGAACGGAGGCGUCACAAGAACUACUGGGAACGUUACGGGAUAGCCUGAAACCUGUUGUAGGAACUUUCGAGGCUGAUUUACAUUUCUCAGCAUGCUUUUAGUAAGACGAAGAAAUGUUCUCUGACACUGUACAUGCACACGAGAUCAAAAAUUUCUGAGCACGAAGUGUCGCUGGAGCCAACGUUUCGACAAGCGGCCUUUCUUUUUAAGGCUUCAACCUCAACAUCUUUAAGGCUGGAACAGUUGCGGCACUGAAGACAAGACAACUUGCCAAAACGGUGGCUCCAGCGACACUCCAUGUUCAAGACU